GCGCCUCUAUAGUCUCAGACUCGCAUAGGACGUCAACCCAAUCCCUCCCGAGCUCCCUCCCGAGCUCCCUCCCGAGCUUCCUCCCUUCCUUGCUCCCCCACUGUCUUGCUUCCCUCACCGCACACAGCUGCAAUGGCUUCCGCAGCGCAGAAGAAGCUUGUCGUAUGCGGCGGAAAUGGGUUCUUGGGAAGCCGCAUCUGCCGCGCCGCUGCCCACCGCGGCUGGUCCGUCGUCUCCGUCUCGCGCUCAGGCACACCACACUGGGCCUCGGUGACCUCCUCGCCCGACGCUCCCUCAUGGUCUGAGAAGGUCACGUGGGCAAAGGGCGACAUGCUCGACCCCUCCUCAUACAACGCGCACCUGGAGUCUGCCACGGCUGUGAUCCACACAAUGGGCAUCCUGCUCGAAGCCGACUACAAGGGCGUCGUGAGCGGCCGCGAGUCACCUCUCUCCGGACUGCGAAGAGCCUUCUCAGCGACCAAGGCAGGCACACAGAACCCGCUCCAGCGCAAGGACGGCGAGACACUGCGGCCCAUGGAGAGCGACGGGCAGCUCACCUACGAAGUCAUGAACCGCGACACUGCUGUCAGCCUCGCCCAAGAGGCUUCCAAACAGCAAGUGCCAACCUUCCUGUACAUCUCCGCCGCCGCCGGCACGCCCAUCCUGCCCAGGCGCUACAUCACCACAAAACGCGAGGCCGAAUCGAUAAUAAGCACGACGUUCCCCGCUAUGCGAUCCAUCUUUGUCCGCGCACCCUUCAUGUACGACUCCAGCCGGACAUUUACACUCCCCAUCGCUGCUGGCGGUGCGGUCGCGAGUAUGGUGAACAGCGCUGUAGGCGGCCGGUUGACGUGGUUGAUGGGUGCUGGAGGCAUCAAGCCGCUCAAGGCCGAUCUAGUAGGCGAGGCAGUUGUCGAGGCGCUAGAGGACGAGCAAGUGCAUGGGCCGGUUGAAGUACCUGAGAUCGAGCGGUUGGGGACACGGGCGUGGAGGAAGAACAUGCUGUGAGCACAAAGUCACCCGUCAUGACGCAACAGGGCGCAGCGGUGCCCAAAUAGAGCGCACCGAAUACCAGCGUG